CACUCACGCGCGCCGCAGGCUAUUCCCGACCUCCGGAAGCGAGCGACUCUGUCCUGCAGAUCAUACAAACAUUACGAUGGAAACAAAAUUACCUGCAUUACAAAAUCCUGCAAAGGCCAAGAACAGAAUUUGGUCCUUGGGUUUUGGAUUAAAGAUUGAAACAGUAUCUCCAUUUCAGGGAAACUAUCGACCUCUUGUGGGGCAACCAUGCCAAAUAUGUACUCCAAAAAGUUUGGAAACCUUCUCUUACAAGAGGUACAAUCAAAUGGCUUUCCGUAAUGCACUGCAUAUUACAGAGGAGGAAACCAGAUUUCGAGGUUGGCUAGUUAGAAGGUUAUGCUGCUUCAUCUUCAUACUGGAAUGUUCAGUAGAUGAAGACUUGUCCCCCAAUCUGCCUGAGAAAAUUUUUAAACACCCCAGUGUGCAGUUGGCAAUAAAUCAGGAUCUCACAAUGGAGCAACCUCUGAAACACACACAUGCUAUAAGCCUGCCAUCCACUUGCAGUGGAAAGGUUCACAUUGAGGUGCUAAAGAUUCUGGGACAGAUUCAUCGGUCUCUCUCUCCUUGGCUUCUCAGAGUCUCCCAUUGGGUCGUUGUUAAACUGCUAUGCUCCCUCUAUCUGCAUGUACAGUUUCAUUGUGGUCAGAUGGCCACAGUCCGAGAAGCAUCUAAAUCGUGUCCUGAGUGUCCAAUGGUCUUCCUGUGCGCUCACCCCUCAUGGCUGGAUGGUCUCCUUCUCCCUUACCUUCUCUUUUCACAAAAUCUCAAGAUGCCCCGUGUAGUGUGGGACAGGGCAAACUGCCCAUUAUUUCUCAGGGGUGUCCUGCAGCGUUUGGGAGCUGUAUUCCUCCCUGCAGAUCGAGGACCAUUGAGUGAUGCUGUACUCUCAGCUUAUACUUGGACAUUGCUAGCUGAAGGCCACUCUUUGCUUAUCUUUUUGGAAUGUCCAUCAUCUCAUGGCUCUCGCUCCCUGUCAGCAGUCGGGUGUGAAUGGGUGCGGCAGGUGAUGGGAACUCUUCAUUCUAGAACAGUAUCAGACAUCCUUAUUGUACCAGUUGGGAUUUCCUAUGACUGUCGUCCAGAAGAUAGUGUCUUUGGAGGAAAGGCAUUGUUAUCUGGCGUUCUGCGAUCCUUUCUGUCUUUUCUCUGCCCAUGGUUCAUCACCUUAGGAUGUGCACGUGUGGAUUUUGCCCAGCCCAUUUCGUUGCAAGAAUACAUAUUCAACCAUCAAUGGAGACAUUUAUCGCCUCCUCUUCCCCUAAAGGACACACUGCUUCCUUACAUUUUGGGCUACAGAAACAAGAUAUAUGAUGAGUUUGAAUUAGAGAUGGUUACUUGCACAGCAGAUGAACAAGAACAGGCCUUGGUUGAUGGCUUUAUCCUGCAUUCUCUGAGAGCAGCCAUUUUCUGUUCUGCCAUCAUGCCUUCUCACAUCAUGGCCGCUCUUUUGAUGCACAAAUACAGGAAAGGGGUCUCAAUAUCCAGGCUGCUCUCUGACUUUACUUUGCUGACAGAGGACAUUCUUCUUCAUGGGUUUGAUGUGGAAUUCUCGGGUCAGCGCUGGGACCUAGUCUGUCACAGCCUACAAAUUCUGCGGAGGAGUGUGUCAUUGUAUUCUGCUCUUCCUGGUGACACCUAUGUGCUAAGCAGAAACUCUCAAGAGGCUAUUCUGAAUUUGAGUCACCAUAGUGCUUCUCUGCUGUCUGUCUUGCUUCAUGAAUCCAUGGGAGCCUGUGCAUUGCAUGCUCUUCUGUCCCAGCUGCCUGUUCUGGGUAUGUCUGAGAUGUUCCUUGCCCAUGAUGAGCUCUUAGACAAGCUGCUGUGUCUGUGCACCCUGCUUCCCAGGACAUUCUUGCUCCAGCCGCCUUGUCAGUCUCCAUAUAUCAUAUGUCAGGAAAUCCUAGACAAGCUGAUUCAGUGUGGGCUUAUUGCUACACAUGAGGAUCCCAGCGCCUCGCCUGUCUGUGACACUGGAAGGAAUCGUUUCUUAGAUCAGCUAUUGUGGAAAUCUGUGGACGAUUUUGCUGACAGUGACAGCGAUUACAUGGAGGAAGAUGUGAAACGUUACUACAAGCUGGGACGCUCCAGCCGUAAUGCUGAUUUAUUUCUCUUUCUGUGCCGCCUUCUGAGACCAAUGCUGAAAACAUAUGAAAGAGCUGCAAUGUUUCUGGAGCAGCAUGCAGAUUGUGGGCAAGAUACAGAGGUAGGUUAUGUGAGCAGACUGCAUGGGUACCUUCAGCAAAAAGCAAGAGAGGAUGACUCAUUUGAAUGUGCAGAGUAUUCCUUGGCUGCCUGUGCUGUUAGGACCUUUAUAGAUCUUGGGGUCUUUGUUACAAGCAGUCCUGAAGGAACCCUUCACAUCUCUGAGACAUUCCUGCUUAAAGAGAACUGCAAAAAACUGAAUUCCUUUAUCCAACAAUUUGUUUACAAAUUAUGA